AUGAGUCGAUCUAAUGUUCAUCUUCUGGAUCUGCCUAAUGAAGUAUUAUUGAUCGUGUUGAGAAAAUUGAAUAAUAUUUCUUUAAUUGAUCGGUUCUGCAUCGAUAUAUUACCAAGAAUUCAUCAUACGGUCAAAUAUAUCCUUCUUGAACCAGUUUCGAUGGAACGUAUUCUUCUUGCCACCGUCUAUCCAAAUCUAACUGAACGUAAACUCUUCAAUUUUGAACAACAAAUUGUUUCAAAAUAUUUUACAGGUCACAAUAGAAUCAUCGAUGGCACUUGUGUUCAAAAUGAUAUUCUUGUUUAUAUGCCACAACUUCAUUCAUUCAGUUUCUAUAUUAAUACUAGUAUUGACACUCGUGAUUUAUCUUAUAAUGUAUCUCGUGAAAACAUCCAACAGACAUUGGUAAAUAGCGGACAACAAAAUGCGACUAGUAUCAUCUGUAAUCUUACUACUUACGAAAUUGCAUGUUCAAUUUUCUCACUGCCUUUUGCAUUUGAUUAUCUUGAGGAUGUUGGCAAUAUAUUUCCAAAUAUUGUAUUCAGCUAUGUUACAUGUUUACUUGUCCAAGAUUGUGAUGCAUUCAGAUACGAAUUCUUCGUUCGAAUCGCCCAAUCGUUUCCAUUACUGAAAUAUUUACGUAUUUUCAAUAUCGAAUCACGAUUACCAGUUGAUCCUCUUACAUUAUCAUCUGACCAUAGUCAAUCAUAUACAAUGGUUGAAUAUCUGCACCUUACUUCACUUGAUGUGGGCUAUAGCCAUAAAGAUUAUCUUGAACAAUUUCUAAAUGAGACAAAGGCAUAG